AUAUACGAUAAUGCCAUUUCUAGUGGGGCUAUGCAGUGUUUGCUUUUUUCGACUCAAAAGGAAUCAGAAUGGAAAAGGAGAGUACAGGAAAAAUAAAUGGAUGCACUCGUGGACUUCUUGGGUACCUUCCUUUUCAUCAACGAUAAUAACACUGGAUACGAUUGAGCUUCCCUCCAACAUUGGUUUUGUGUGUGGCUCUCUUUUCUUAUCCCUAACCACAAUCCCAUUGCCGGUAGGAGCCAUUUUGUGUCGUAAACGGCCCAUAAAUCUCCUUUACUCCCUUCUACUUCUCCCAAUUCCUCUGUGGUUUAAAGACAUGUCAGGAAAAGAAAAUGGCAUGCCAGGGGACCCGGAAUGGUUGGAACUAAAGAUACCACAGUUAUUAUUUACUGACAGAGUUCAAGAAUUACAUGCAAUAAUUGAAAAAGAGUGGGAUUGUCUCCAAAGAUCGGCAUGCCAAACGGCAGCUGGGAGAGCCCUAUGGAAGCAUGUGAUCCAUGACCAAGUUGCAGACUUGCUUGCAGGAGAAAAGUACCUAAGAAAUCUUCAUGAAAAAAUUAAGACAGACCGUCUCAACAAUGCACGAGAAGUUUCAGGAGUGAUCAUUGCUGUUCGAACCCUGUGGUUUGAUUCAAAAAUCCAAGCUGCUCUAGAUUCCUCCAGUGGUGGAGAAGCACAGGUUGUUCUCCUGGGUGCAGGAAUGGACACAAGAGCAUACCGUUUAAGCUGCUUAAAGGACAGUGAUGUUUUUGAAGUAGAUUUUCCAGAAGUCUUGCGAGUGAAAACCACUCUUCUUCAGGCAGCAAUUGAGUCCACUGAGCAUUUUAGGAUGAAAGCAAAAUCAUUAAUCAGAGUAGCUGCUGAUGUAAGAGAAACUGACUGGCCUGAAAAGCUUCAGCUAUCAGGUUUUUUGCCAGAGAAGAAAACAGUAUGGGUUCUAGAAGGCAUCCUCUACUACCUUUCCCAUUCCAAUGCUAUGCAGGUGCUCAAGAUCAUUGCGGACAAAUGUGCUGUCACUCAAACAGUUCUCUUAGCAGAUUUCAUGAACAAACCAUCAACCACACUCGCUGAUUCAAUCUUUCACUUCUAUAGUGAUUGGCCCGAUCAUAUGCUGCCAUCACUAGGAUUUUCUCAUGUUAGGCUUUCACAGAUUGGUGAUCCAGAUGCCGAUUUUGGUCUAAUGAAUGAUCAGUUAAAUCUGUUCAACAAGCUUCGCAGAUUGCCAAGGUCAAUGCAAACCAACCCAGAUGAUGGAACACCUUGCCGUCGCUUGUACUUGGUUGAAGCUUCUGGUUCACCAAAUCAAGAAAUACCUUAGACGCCUAUCUGGUCAUAUUCAGAUGCUAUAUGGCCAGAGUUCCAAUUAUAGCACAGGUGUAGGCAUCAUUAUUUGAUGUAUCUCCUACCAAACAGAUUUGCAGAACAGAUCCCAUAGCAUUUGGACUGGGUAAUGAUUCUCUUGGCAAUUAAUACAAACAUACUAGCAUGUACAACUAAUUCCAGUUUUUUUUCCCAA